AUGGAUUUUCUUCUUUUAAUCUAUGGUCUACUUUGCUUGAGCCUCUCAAGCGCCUUAGGCGAAGAAAUCAAUGGUCAAAAACUGGUUUGUAUACAAAAUGAUGGAACAAUUGAAGCUCUCAAAGGCCAUUGUCAACGUUAUUCAGACGGAGCAUGCCACUGUUCACAGGAUUGCGAUCCCACAUUUUCGCUUCGUGAUUGUGCUUGUACAAGUAAAGAUUUGGGAUUUGCAAGAGAUCAAGGAUUGGCUAAAUGUGCAGUGUGGACGCAAGAACGUUGGUCACAGUAUGUUAAAACCGUGAGAGCAAAAUUGGCAAAUGGUGCAAUACUGGUCCCUGCCAGCAAUACUGCAGAUUUUGAUGGUCAAAACCGAGGCAUUAUUGAAUUGAAAGAAUGGUUGGAAGAACCGUUAACUACGGCCGAACAGGCAUAUUUCGAUUCUUGGAAAACCGAUCGAGUUCUACAAUUUGCAGCACUUGGAAUAUAUUGCUACAAUGGCCGUGGAGAACAUGCACCAGUUGACUACAUUCGUGAUCUGCUUAUAAUGCAGAAACAUAAAUUCGUUUACAGCAAUGCAAACGCCGAUCUUCAUAUUGCUUUAUGCAAUUGCUUUUGUGUAAUUGUCGACAUACUCAUUUUCUGUUUCCAUUUAAAUAUUAUACUCGCUAUGAUCACAUUAACUAUGAUCUUUCGUUUUGCUUAUUUGGUGAAAGACUAUGAUACUAAUUUUAUUAGUCUUCAUUUAAAUCAUGCUAUACAUCAUAAUAAGACAAUAUUACCGCGUAUAUGUUGUUUAAUACUAACAACACCAGUAUAUUUUCUUACACGUGUGAAAGCUAUAAAUGAAACUUGGGCACCACGAUGUGAUCUUUAUUUUUUCAUAACAGACUAUAAUCUAGACGAAAUGACACCUGAAGAAAUUAAAUUUGCAGAACAAAUACCCAUUGCACCUAUUGAAAACAUUAAAGUUGGUUAUGAACAUCUAACACAAAAAUCAAAUUUAGCCUUUUUAUUUGCCUAUGAAAAUUAUUUGAAUGAUUCUGAAUGGUUUAUCAAAGCAGAUGAUGAUACAUAUUUGAUUGUAGAACAUUUGAAAACAUUUUUAAGUAAACAAAACUCAUCAGAACCUAUUACAUUUGGAUAUACCUUUCAGUUUCACGUUCGUAAGGGGUACCAUUCAGGUGGAGCAUCUUAUGUAUUAAGUCGAGAAUCAUUACGACGAUUUUAUGAAGCACAUAACGAUCCAGCAGCAAAUUGUGCUAAAGAUGGUGGUGCUGAAGAUAUUGAAAUAGCAAGAUGUCUUCGUAAAAAAGGUGUUUAUCCAGGCAAGGCACUGGAUAAAGAAAAUCGUGAACUAUUUCAUCCACUUCCAUUUCAUGAACAUUUUCAUGGUGUCUUCCCUGAUUGGCUUUUAAAACGUGCUGCAAACCCCUUACAAUCUCACUACAAUUGUUGUAGCAAUCAAACUAUAUCAUUUCAUUAUGUUUCUCCUGAUGAACAAUAUCUUAUGGAUUUCCUACUAUAUAGAGCUCGUGUUUAA